AUCAUACUUAAAACAGCAUUGUAUACUCAAUGAAUUCAAAAUGAAGGCUUUAAUUCUAUUGCUGAUUUUGUUUGCGUCUUGUGUGCCCUCGGAAGAACUUAAGAGGUUUGUCGGAUCAUCUGAUGCAGGAAAGACUGAUCCUAUAUUAUGGAUGAUUAUAAAUCAACUUCAAGCUUUUCAGACGAAAUUGACAAACCUUGAACAUAAGGUCGAGACUAAAAUGAAUAAACUGGACGAUAAAUUAGAGACAAAAAUGAAUAAACUUAGUGAAAAAGACGACAAAUUGACUAAGAGAAUUACAGAUAUAGAAAAAAAUAUCAGUAGCACCAAACAGUAUGAUAAACUAGGAAAACAAUUAAGUGACUUUGAGACAAAACUAAUUGCAAAUAGCAAGAAAAUUACUGAUUUGAAGAAUGAUAUUAACAUAAUUAAAAAAGGUAUAAAGGACAAGUGUACUCCUGGAUGGAAAAGGUUCAACAACCACUGUUACAUGUUUCGAUAUGACAGACUUACGUGGAAACAGGCAAAGCAUGAAUGUGAGAACUACAAGGCAUAUUUAGUUAAAAUAGAAACAUCAACAGAAAACAGAUGGAUUAGCCACGAAAUAACUGUCAGUGCAAGAUCAAGCCAUGAUCAGAUCUGGACAGGUUUAAAUGAUUUGUCAAGAGAAGGACAUUUUACGUGGGUGCUUGAUCACAGUUCAGUUGGGUUUUCAAAUUGGAAUACAGGUGAACCUGACGAUGGAAGUAGAGGUGAAGACUGUGGAAGCAUCCAUACAAAUGGUCGAUCUACUUGGAAUGAUGCGCCUUGUGCAUACAAAACUGGAUACAUAUGCGAGAAGUAACGGUAAUAAUGAUAUACAGUGAAAGGAAGACUUGCUUCGUCGAUGGUCUUGAACGAAAUAAUACGAAUAAACUCAAAAUAAAACUACAAAAAUGU